UUUGUCCUCUGGAAUGGCAACUUCCACACCGACCCGUCAACACUUGAAAGAUUAUUAGGUUUUCAUUAUUUGGGUCCAAAUGCUGGUGAAGUGACACAAUUGGUUGGUCUCUCCCUUAAAAUGAAAGCUACAAAAGCAGAUCUCGACGCUCUUAUAGGCAUUCAUCCGACGUGUGCUGAGGUGUUUACAACACUAUUGGUGACCAAAAGGAGUGGACAAUCAGCGGAUGCCAAGGGUUGCUGAGGUUAAUGUGAGACUGCUAUCAAUUUCUAAUAUGUAUUAGAUUU